AUGUACGGAAAGAAUGAACAACAAGCUCUUCGCCCACAAUUUGUGCUCUUCAAUUGCACUCGACAACCCCAACUUGUUUUGCUUGGAGUUCAUCGUAAGGAAAACCGCUAUCUGAAACUCGAAUUCGAACACCCUCAACAUCAAUUCAAAGUGCAUUCAUGUGAUUGUCAAACGCCCACCAUGGAAUCCGAUCUAAAUCCACUACACACUUCUCAUUGUUCUGAAAUCGGAAAAAUAGUGGUUGAUUGCUGGAAUUCGUUCAACAACAAACGUGAGCAAUACGUCUACAACAAGGAAUCCAAGAUUCUUGAGCAAGUGCACAGAUCAGAUAUAAUGUUUCGUCCAGAUCUCAACAUAUCUAGACAUGUAAUGAUUUGUGACAUUGGCAGUGGCGUAAAUAUAUCAAUAGAAAAAGAUGCAGAUGGUCUAUGCCAGUUUCGACAUGAAGAAGGCCAAACUGUGAAAUUACCAGACUCUGUAGUACAGCAAUUUGUUUCUGACAAUGAUGUCAUUCCUGAACCAGAACAGCCACCCGAAAACGUCUUCCAGCAAUAUUUCCAAACACUUCCUGAUUUCAUAACCUUGUUUUGUCCUUGUUUCAAUCGGAUUAAUAUUUGUGUCAAGAUCACAGAUGGCACUUAUCUCAAAUAUUAUUUCAACGAGAAGCGUAUGGUACGAACUAUUAACUGUCCAGUGUGCCCCGAGAAGAUCACUCAAAACUUUUUGGUUCCGAUGUAUUUUGACUGUCGUGAAGGCCAGGACAACGUGAUUCAUUGUCGAAACAAGACAACAAACCUUUUCGAGCAAUACAUUUAUGAUUGGAACGCCAGUGAGCUGAAACAAGUUUUUCUACCUGAAUUUCCUUACGACGGGUCUCGCCGCCAAGAUUCGGAUAGCUACUUCUUCAAGAUAGACGAUAUUAUCAUAUCAAAGGAAGGUGAAUAUUUGAUGCUGGAAAUCCUCCGAUCAUCCAACAAACGUGUUCGAUUUGGUCCUGUUGCCGUGAAUACCAUGACCAUGCAGUACAAAAUUUUUGAGGAAAACGAAAGAGAACGAAAAUCGAAAGAGAUACAGAAUAACAGCUCGCGUGCGGAGGAUGUAGAAGGAUUUUCACCAACGUUUUCACAGGAGCUCCAUAAUAGAAUUCGAGGAUGUCAGUCAUCAGAAUUUUUCCUAGACCAUGGCAAUUAUGACAAAUUAUACGAAUUCGUGGAAAAUGUUGGAAAAUUAAUCGCUCACAACAAUAAGAAUCGGUUCAACACCAAUCAAUAA